CAACUUACCUCGGCACAAAUGCAUUUUAUAACACCAAUGUUGCGUGGUAUGUAUUUCAGCUACAUAUCAUGUACACACGAGUAGACCGGCAGAUAAAUUAGAACACAAUGUAACAGUUUUAUAUGCAGGUCUACACGAGUCAAGGUUGAUCACGUUUAUCUUUUACAAUCCGUAACUAUUUAAUCUAGUUUGUCACCUCAGCCGCCUGAGAAACGUACGUCUGUUUUAGUCGUUCCAACAAAUGCACAAUGAGCAGAUCAUUCCCUCGAAUCAAAGCUGUCCGAGCGUACGUAACGGAAGCCAAAGAGGGAGACCAAGGAGUGGACUGUCAUGACGUGAACGAUAAACAUUGGAUCAAUGGCUUCCCCACGCCAAUGGCAAACCCAAUGUCUGUGUAUCCACAGUACACAGUAUUAUGGAAGUCAUGGGGAAUCAACGCUCUUGGCACUAUGGUUGCUGAAGUUGAGGCUGAAAACGGCGAAUGCGGGGUUGGAAUCACCAUCGGAGGAGAACCCGGAUGUUACAUUGUGGAGAAGCACCUGAGUCGGUUUGUAGAAGGUCAAGAUCCGCGAAAUGUGGAGUUGAUGUGGGACCAAAUGUUCCGUGCCACCCUCAACUAUGGCCGGAAGGGAUUGGCAAUCCAUGCCAUCAGCGCCGUAGACCUGGCCAUUUGGGAUUUAUUAGGCAAACUCCGCGGGGAACCGGUUUAUGCAAUGCUAGGUGGUAAAGUGAAGGAGCGACUUCCGGUUUAUUGUACAACGGCACGUCCCGACAUUGCUAAGAAUAUGGGAUUUGCCGCCUCAAAAAUCACUUGUCCCUAUGGUCCGGCUGAUGGAGAGGAAGGGUUCAAGAAAAAUGUUGAAUUCUAUAAAGGAUGGCGCGAAAAGGUUGGUCCUGACUUUCCACUGAUGCUGGACUGUUACAUGGCCUUGACCCCACAAUAUACCGUGAGGCUAGCCAAGGCGCUCGAACCUCUCGGUCUCAAGUGGAUCGAGGAUUAUCUUCCUCCUGACGAUUAUGAAGGAUACGAAGACGUACGGAAAGCCAUGUUUGGAUCAAAGGUCUUACUUACCACUGGAGAACACGAGUACAGUCGUUAUGGAUACCAGCUUCUUUUGAAAUCCCGAUGUGUGGACAUUUUACAGCCAGAUAUAUCCAUGUUGGGCGGGAUCACUGAGGCUCGUCGAUUGGUUGCCAUGGCAUCCGCUCACAAUGUCAUGGUUAUACCACAUGCCUCUAGUAUUUAUUCCUACCAUCUACAAUACGCCUUCUGUAAUUGUCCAGUAGCAGAAUUCAUAGAUAUGAGCCCCGAGGCUGACAGGAUCGUGCCAUAUUUCGGAGGGCUGUUUCUUGACGAACCCCUUCCCGUCAACGGUUUUAUUGACCUUCCGGAUAAACCCGGGUUUGGCGUGACUUUGUGUAAGGAUACACUAAGAAGGCCUUAUCAUAGGAGUGAGGACACAAGUCGUGAACAAGCGGAGUUAAACAUAAAUUUCAAACCUUCCGAAAAAGCAUUUAUGCCCUUUUAGCUCCAAUUUUCGUGAUUUGUUAAUAGCUCCAAUUUUUAUGAUUUGGUACAUUGGACAUGAGAAGAGAGAAGUUGUACCUAGAAGCUUUGUGUGGACAGGGAAUCAUGAACGAAUCCCUUUUUUCAGUGUUGAAAGGAGGGGGUGUAAAUAAAGUUCUAGCCUAUUGGACUUUUCCUUUUAGCACCCCUGGAUUUACUUCAGGAAGUGAUUAUCUCAAUCUUGUGCUCAUUUUUCUAGGCUUUGAAUCCAAUUAAGGGGAAUAGACAUUGGAAAAUAUCUCAUUAAAAGUGUCUCGUUAAGUGUUUGUAAAACUCUUCGCAAAAAUAAAACAUUA